AUGCGAACCCAAGAGGUCACCUCUGUUCUGAUCCCUGACAAUAUUUCUCUCUCAUAUUUUCAUUGGAUUUUGAGAACUUUUAAGAUCGAAUUAACAAGUCUAAUCAUGAUUAGGCUUCACAGACUCGCGCUGGUGACACUCAUAUUGGCUUUUACACCGGAGAUUGUUUUUGGCCAGGAGGUUCAUGGCCAGGGGGCUCAUGACCAGCUCAAUGCGAGAGACGUCCACCAGAAGCGGAAUCUCGAUUCCUUCAAAACCUUUAACCGGAAUCGAAACGCGCAUGCCCUCAUCAUGUCGAUUGUUUUCAUUAUUCUUUAUCCCCUGGGCGCAAUCUCCGUCCACCUGCCCAUUGAUCGUGUUCCUUACUUAAAGAAUACAUACCUUAAGAAGAGGGUCAUGGCGAUGCACGUCCCUAUCCAGGUGCUAGGCUCCGUCAUGAUGGUCGGCGGAAUGGCCCUCGGGAUUAGAAUCGGUCAAGAUCUCGGCUACCUUAGGCGCCCUGUGCAUGCCCAUGUGGUCAUUGGCUUCGUCGUCGUUUGUACCAUCAUCGUCUUCCAACCCAUCAUGGGUAUCCUUGCGCACCGACAUUUUAAGAAGAGAGGGGACAAGAGUAUCUUCGCCUACCUGCACCGAUGGAUAGGACGUGCUGCAAUUAUCUUAGGCAUGAUCAACAGCGGUCUAGGUUUUCAGCUGGCCCAGACUAAUGUGAUAGUAUCCACUGGAGCGUAUAUUAGAAACUACGUCCUCCUUGGGUUUUUUGUGUCUAUCUGGCUUAGUCUCGUCUUGUACGACGAGUUUAAGAUGCACCGGUCGAGGCACCGGUCGAGGUUCGUCACAAGUGGAAUCGGAGAGGAUGCAGUAAACGAGAUAUAA